AUGCCAUCAUCUGUCGAGAAAGUCUUCAGCAUCUAUGAGCUUGCCGAACAUAUAAUACUGCAGCUGAAUGACCCUGUGGAAAUCAUUCGCGCCCAGCGUGUUUGCCGUAGCUGGAGAGAUGUUAUUCAAGCAUCCCCCAGGCUCCAGGAGGCCUGCUGGUAUCCAUUGUCCAAUAUCAGGGAUGCUGACACGCCGUCAAUCUCCGGGGAAGAAACAUGGAAACUGAACCCUGCUUUCAACAGAAUAGGCGUGUCAGUAUCCAAAGAUACAGAAGAAUAUAGGGUGCCAAAAGACGGGCUGCAAGAAAAGGGCGAUUUCAGCUUGGAGGAACCCAUCUACGACACACCAGGAUCAUGGACGACCAUGCUGGCCACGCAGCCGCCCUGUCAGCGAAUGCUGGUUGAAUGCUACGGUGACUAUUCCGGUGACGAGACAAUGUUCUAUCAAAUUGUAUCAAUGACAGGCUAUCUCCUGAUGGGCGACAUCAUGGCUAUUCUAGCAGAAUGCCAGAAUCGUCAGCAAUGCGGCGUAGAUCGCUACGCCGGCAUACCCCACAUUACGGGCCGGUUAGUCCGAUGGGAUGAGAGUUACUGGGAUCUCUAUCACUGGGUAGCCCUUGGCAAAAUGCCGGAUGAUGUUUCAAUUAAAGUUGCGAUCGAGCUGCCUUGGGGAGCCGGGGGGUGUCCUGGAUUUCCCCUUCGGCGCCUCGACGGGAGCAAACACUUUCUGCAUGAAAUGAUCCUGCAUAAAAUGAUAAUGGAUGACGGACAAGAGUAUAUAUGGAAAUAUGGGAUGAACCUUACGCAUAAGACGGAGUAUAAGCCAAAUCUGCUGGUUAUCAGAGAGCGUCAGGAGGGAUAUCUGUCGGAUUCGAGCAAUUUCUUCCGCCUACUUUCUGACGAAAAGAAGAAGCCGAUCACCUGA